AAUCUCCACUCCACCCUCCGCUUCCUCUGACCCCGUCCUGCCGUCCCCCAGCCCUCCCCCACCCGGGGGGUGGUGUGCGCAGUUUCCCCGAAUGCCCUCCCCGCCCCGCCCCUGUUUUUAAACCUGGCGCGGAGCAAGAGGCUAGGUGAGCACGCUCAGCCGGCGGGACUAGACGCCGUCGGGCUGCGGGACUCGCGUGCCGCCCGCACCAUGAGACCUGAGGCGGCGGCCGGAGCCCGGGAGGCGCUGGGAAGCUUCUGCCACUGUCCCGGGGGUGAUCCCAGGAGGCCGCCGCUGCCGCACGGGCCCGAAAGUUCUGUUCCAGCUCUGUGGAGACCGUGGGUGCUGCCUCCUGGAGAUGCGGAGCUGACCAGAACUGGAAGCCGGUGUGAGCCUCGGGGGAGUCAGCAAACUUCAGGAUCAAAGGGAGCCUUUGGGUUCCAGCACCCAGUCAGGCUUUACUUACCCCUUUCAAAGCGACAAGAGUACCUGCAGAGCUCUGGGGAAAAAGUGCUGGCCAGCUUCCCAGUGCAAGCCACCAUCCAUUUCUACAACGAUGAAUCCGAGUCAGACUCCGAGGAGGAGCAAGAAGAGGAGGCACAGCCCAAGCGUCUGCAGAGCCAGGAGGCACAGGACAGGGCAGUGGCCCAGGAGGAAAGGGCAGAGGAGGGCUGGCAAGCCUAUAGGAAGGAAGGAGGGAUGGUGUCUGGGAUAAGGGUCAGCUGCUUGCAGGGGGCAAUGAGUGCUCCAGCAAGUGAAGUGAGUCUGGGGGCAGCCUUGCCAGGACCCAGGUCGAGUGUGUGCAUGUAUGUGAUUCUGUGUGUGUGUGUCUGCCUGUGUGAUCUGUACCUUUGGGUGUGUGUCAACACAGGUUGUUGUCAGGAAGAAGACUUCCUGAGCUCAUCCAGCUCUCACUCUGAAAGCUGCUCCCUCUAAGAUCACCACCCCUCCCUUGCCCAGAGACCCACUAUCCAGUCAUUCUUGCUUUCACAAGUCAUUUAGAUAUUAACUCCCAUUUUAAGGGUUUAUUUGGUUGCUCAAUAUCUGACUGAAAAAAAUGUUCUUUUACUUGUGUAAAAACAAACAAAAAAAUGAAAUACUGAAUAAUUUCCACCGGAAUAAGAAGGAAGAAAAUAUGGUCAUUUUAGUGGAUAAAAUAGGUGUUUCUGAGAGCUGAAUAAGAGCCGUGUGUAUAAGUUGUAAAGGGUUCAUUUUCUCUUACUUGGUGGCCAGCAUGGUCUCAUUAUUUGCGUGGAAUGGCACUAUUUUUCAUUAAAGUAUCUUAUGUAAAAUUACUUUGAAUGUUAUCAUUUUGAUAGCCCAAGGGCUGUGCUUCUCAAGCCCCCCGCCCCCCUGGAAUUAUCUUACCUGAUGCUGUCUUCCUGUAUAUACCACUUUGUAUGAAUUUUUACUUGGAAUAAAUAUUUUUGAAA